GCGUCCAUAGACUGAUAAUCUGAGUGCAGCCGGCGCUGGAUUGCACGCCAACGUUCCCUCGUUCAUACCCGGCCAGCCGUACGGCUACAGCUAUGGUGAGCCCUCUCCACCGCCCACUCAUCCAUACGGCUUAAAGGGUUUCAGCGGUGCCGCCAAUGAUAGCGACAGUUCCGGUACCGGCGCUCAGUCCCUAAACUCCAGUGUUUCCGAUGAUAACAAUAAAACCAAUGACAAUGGUUCGAAACCACAUGUGAUGACUAGCGGCACAAGUAGUUUAAGAGACUCGUCGUCGGGAGGGGUGGCGUCGACCCCAUCGCUCACUCUAACUCAUGCUAAACCUGACGGCGCCACCGGUGCUGAUGACGACGUGAUAUCACAUGACAUAUCCAGCGACGAUGCGGUGGUGAAUGUCACUAAAAACCAGAUGUCUUUGCAAAGCAAUAACAGCCCCCAAAAGGUGACCACCGAUUGGCGCGAAGUGAAGUCCAAG